GGGUUGCACCUUCACCUCCAAAGCGUAUUAAAGAGAUCAUCUUUCCUUGAAUAUUUCUAUCGUAAGACUCUGACUCUUCUCCCUCUCUUCUCGUCAUUAGACGAGUCACAACUCAUUCUCAACUACGCCAUUCAUUCGACCACCAUACAAACUAAACCUGCUCGACGACAAAACCACUAUUAUUCUAAUCUUCUACAAUCUGAGAUGCAUUCUCUUGCACUCGCCUCCUUCACUCUCCUCCUAACCCUUAUCCACGCCUCCCCUAUCAUCCCCCGCGACGCCAUUGAAGUCUGCUCUCCAACCCAGUACACCAUUAAAGGCUAUACCUACACCUUCUCCAAAGAUCCAGAUAACAUUGCCCGCCUCUCAUUUAACUUCCAGUCCCUAUUCCCAGGCGGCUCCACCAUCAACGACCCCGCGCUCAACACGGUCGCCUGCGACAUCUCAUCUCCUACUGGCGUAAUCCCAAACGAAGUGGAAUGCUCGAGCGGCCGCAAGAACUUUUACUUCGAUCUCCGUGGUCCACAGGAAAAUGCAGAUUUCCAAUUCAUUCAUACGUGGCAGUGCAAUGGACACGAGUGGAUGUCCUCCACACACCACAAGAUCGAUCCAUUGAGCUGUACUACGAGUGUGGACGGAUUGACAACGAUGUGUAAUGGAGGCCCGGAUGUCUUCCAAGCUGAGAGUGUGAGGGAGAUUUGUGGGACGCCGACUCAUUGUUGAAUUACGAAAUCGAAAGCGGUGGUCACAGCUGGGAGCUUUUCUUCAACUGCAUCUGGCAUGGAGUUUUGGGGGGCAAGAUUGAUUCUCAGGCAUUCGGAUUCGGUCAUCCGUCUUUGAAAUUAAGGGAUAUAGGGGUUGGUAAUCUCUAAGAGCGGCAUUUGGUGUGCCUUUGGGAUUGCUUACAUGCGUGGCUUAGGUUUUAGCGUGGGUUACUGCAUUAGAGGUGCUCGGCAUCCUCACUCUGUAUUAAUACAAAUUUCUCUCUUCUCGUGCAUUGUAUUCCAAUCGAAUUGCAUUGUAUGGGCGACUCAUCCAGGCUCGGUAGCAGAUCGAUUAUGCAGAUCUCGUCUGGAGGAGGGUUCUGUCAGGGAAAAAGUGACAAAGCGGAGGGUUGAUAGCGUCUUAAAUAAAGAAGAGGCUCAAGUACCUGUAGA